AUGGCCGACGACAGUGCCCACGGGGUCCAGAUCCCGUCUGCCAAGACCAGCGGCAGCAAGGAGUACACCGAUGUGGGUGCCGACAACGGCUCAGACCAGGACGUGCCUCGCUUCACCGUACCAGUGGACAGUGAGAACAAGUCCAAGGUGCUCAAGAUCUGGAGCUUCCAGCGCCCUCACCACCUGUGCUUCCACCUCAACUGGAUGUCCUUCAUGAUCGCCUUCUUCGCCACCUUCGCCGCCCCGCCCAUGAUGCCCGUCAUCCGCGAUGACCUGGACCUCACCAAGCAGGACAUCUCCGGCGCCGCCAUCGCCUCGGUCACCGGCGCCGUCUUCUCCCGCAUCCUGCUGGGCGCAGUGUGCGACUCGUACGGCCCCCGCUACGGCCACGGCGUGCUGCAGCUGCUCACCUCCUGCGCCACCUUUGGCAUGGCCGCCGUCUCCAACUCCGCCGGCUUCAUCGCCUGCCGCAUGCUCAUCGGCUUCUCCCUGGCCACGUUUGUGGCCUGCCAGUUCUGGUGCUCGGUGCUGUUCAAUGCCAAGAUUGUGGGCACUGCCAACGCGGUGGCCGCGGGCUGGGGCAACAUGGGCGCGGGCCUCACCCACCUCAUCAUGCCUUACAUCCUGUCGGGCAUCGAGAAGAGCCAGCCCAACUUCGUGGCCUGGCGCUGCGCCUACUUCAUUCCCGCCUGGAUGCAAAUCUUCAUCGGCCUCGCCGUCCUGGUCUUCGGCCAGGACCUGCCCGACGGCAACUACAGCGCGCUGCGCAAGGCAGGCAAGAAGGACAAGGCCAAGACGCAUAUGGAGCUGCUGGCGGCGGUGAAGAACUACCGCACCUGGGUGAUGGUGCUCACCUACGGCUACUGCUUUGGCGUGGAGCUGACAGUGGACAACAACAUCUCGCCGUACCUCUACGACCAGUUUGACAUGGACCUGCACACUGCGGGCGUGCUGGGCGCCGUGUUUGGCCUCUCCAACCUGUUUGCCCGCGCCCUGGGGGGCAUCACCUCUGACCUGGUGGCCCGCAAGUACGGCAUGCGCGGCCGCCUGUGGAACCUGUGGAUCGUGCAGACGCUGGGCGGCGUCUGCUCCAUUGCCAUGUUCUACUGUGACAGCUCCCUGGGCCUAACCAUGAUGGUGGUCGCCUUCUGGUCCAUCUUUGUGCCCAUGGGCUGCGGAGCAUCCUACGGCAUCGCCCCCUUCAUCACCCGCCGCGGACUGGGUGUGGCCUCGGGCCUCAUCGGCGCCGGCGGCAAUGCCGGCUCCGCAGUUACCCAGGCCCUCUUCUUCACCGGCACCAACAUGAGCACCGCCGAGGGCUUCAAGUGGAUGGGCGUGAUGAUCAUCGCCGUCACCGCCACCCUCGUGACCAUCCACUUCCCCAUGUGGGGCGGCAUGCUGACCCGCGGCAACCCCGACAUCACGGAGGAGGAGUACUACAGCCGCGACUACACGGCAGCGGAGCGGGAGCAGGGCCUGCACCGCGCCAUCCUCAACUGGGCCUCCGAGUCGCGGUCCAACCGCGGCUUCAAGGAUCAGCUGGCCAAGCUGUCGGCCGACCUCACUGAGAAGGCCAACACCGCCACCGCCGUCUGA